AUGGUCUCCAAACAACAGCAGAAUGCAAAAAAUCAGAAAGGGAACAAAUUGUCUCAAAAUCCAUUGUUAAGGGCUAUCAAUGGCUCCCGAGGCAAUCAGCAGAAAGGUAAAGAGAGCCUUCUCAUGAACUCACUAUCGAACACCAAGAGAAACCUGCUUAAGAAGAAUCCACUUGCGCAAGCUCUCAAUCGAACUCAGAGAGGUAGUUUCUCUCGCCGAACAGCUCCUAAAAGGAUUUCUACAAAGGCUAAUGACAAGACUCUUUCCAAACGAAUUGGACUCUCUCCAGCCCAAAAACGAAAGCUCGAAGAGGACAAGAAGCUUAUAAACAGAAUUCAGAAACUGAACAGUUCCAAAUAA